CUCUGGAAACCCUUCCUCCCCGCGGCCUUGCCCUGCUCUCAAACCUCUUUCAAGCCGACACGCCUCCUCCUCCCCUCCGAACCGACCCAAACCCAGCAACCCUACGCAGCGAGCAGCGGCAAUGGGGGGCGCCGCCGACCUGGUGCUGAAGGCGGCGUGCGACGCCUGCGGCAAGGCGUCCGAGCUCUACAGCACCGCCUGCCGCCACGCCACCCUCUGCAACUCCUGCGCCGCCACCAUGGCGCGCUCGCGCGCGCGCUGCAACGUCUGCGCCGCCCCCAUCACCAACGUCAUCCGGGUACCCGCGACGGCCCUAGGUUUUCGAUUCCGCGAUCAAUGCCAUUACCGCUGCCGCCGCCGCCGCCGCCGCCGCCGCGCUUGGCAGUUUUCGGCUCUGUUGUCCCUGACCGUUUUGUUUGUUCCAACGGCCACGCAGGAGUACAAUGUUCGGGUGGAUACCACCGCGGGGAAGGCCCUUUCCAUAGCCAAAUUCAACACCGGCGUGCCGCCCUUCUCCAAGAUGAAGGGUGCGGGGAACAAGUGGUUUCUUCGUAAGGAUGGCCUGACGCAAGGCCGGCAGCUUACUGCCGAUAUGCGGGAGAAGUACUACAACAGAAAGCCAUGGAUAUUGGAAGAUGAUACAGGUGAACAUCAGUACCAAAGUCAACUUGAGGCAUCACAAUCUGCAACUGCUACAUACUAUCUGCUGAUUAGGCGUGGCAAGGAGUUCGAUGCUGUUCCUGUUGGUUCAUGGUAUAACUUCAGUAAAAUUGCACAGUACAAACAACUGACUUUGGAAGAAGCUGAAGAGAAGAUGAAUAAAAGGAGAAGCAGUGCAACUGGGUAUGAACGAUGGAUGAUGAAGACAGCUACACAUGGAGCCGCCGCCUUUGGUUCGGAUCUGAAGGAUCUUGGUGAUGCAAAGGGCAAGGCGGCAGAUGGGGUCCAAUCCAAGAAAGAAAGCAGCAAUGAGGAUGGGAAUCACUCUGAUAAAGGCGAGGAGGACGAAGAAGAGGGAAUUGCAAAGAAAGCUGUGCGUGGGCUUUCUACGAGGGGUGUGGAUGAUGAAGAGGAUGGCGGAAAAGAAGACUUUGAUUUGGAGGAUGAGAUUGAGAUAGGUGAUGAUUGGGAGCAUGAAGAGACCUUCACUGAUGAUGAUGAGGCUCUGGAUAUUGACCCAGAGGAAAGACCUGAUGUAGCUGAUACUGAAAACCCUACUGGACCAGAUAUUAAGCAGGAUGAUGAUGAGAAUGAGCAAGGAGCUGGUGGUAACCUGAGCAAGUCCGGUAAGGAACUAAAAAAGCUGCUCCGCCGUGCUGAUGGACAAAAUGAGUCCGAUGACGAAGACGAUGGAGACACUGAUGAAGACGAGUCACCAUUGUCAGUACUUGCUCCAAAACUGGAACAUCAAUUCGGAAGUGAGCAACAGGAAAAUAACACUGCUAAACUAACAGCAACAGAACUUGCUGUUAGCACUCCACCUGCACCCAGGUCCAAUCAAAAAAGGAAAUCCGGAGGUGAUGGUGCAAAAACUUCGAAUCGUGCAGCGGUAAAAAAGCCGAAGGCAGAACCUGAGGCAAAAACAUUAGGUGUCAAGAAGGAGCCACCCUCUUCCGUGGAACCUAUUUCAAAAGCAUCUGCUUCAGCAGGGAGUGACACAGAUACAUCUGCAAUUACAGAGGAGGAAAUCAUAAGAGUACUUCGUGCAAUUGCUCCUGUCAGAUCACAAGAUUUUGUACCCAGGUUUAAGGCCAGAAUAAGAACUCCAGAGGACAAGAAACAUUUUCAUGACAUUGUGAUGAAAUAUGCGUACUCGCACAAGACCAACGGCGUCAGCUAUCUUCACCUUCGAAAGGAGACUACAUCUGCAAUUACAGAGGAGGAAAUCGUAAGAGUACUUGGUGCAACUGCCCCUGUCAGAUCACACGAUUUUGUACUCAGGUUUAAGGAUAGAAUAAGAACUCAAGAGGACAAGAAACAUUUUCAUGACAUUGUGAUGAAAUUUGCGUACUCGCACAAGACCAACGGCGUCAGCUAUCUUCACCUUCGAAAGGAGUACGAAUGAACAAACAGUUAAAGCACUUGUAUAUGCCAUUAUACCCUUCUAGGAUUGCGUGUCAUACUUGGGAAAACUGCUGAAUACGUCCUUGUAACUGGCCGCCCAUUCUUGUCUCUGUUCUUUUGUUUGAGCUUGUGUAAUGUCAAAAAGAUUCGGGCUGGUUGACUUGGUAUUCAAAAUUGAAUUUUGACCAUUGAUAUCUUUAAGACAUACGAUUACUAAUUACAAA